AUGUCGCCGCUGCAGGUGUUCAAGCUCUCUGUGAGCAACGCUUCGGCUUUGGCGGACUGGCAGGGCUUCGAGCCGUGCAAGAAGGAGUGGUUCGGCGUGAACUGCGGGGAGUCGACGCGGUCGAAGCAUCGAUGGACCGUUGUCGCGAUAGAGCUGCCGAACUGCAAUCUGGGAGGGGAGAUCCCAGAGGCGAUCGGCGACCUCGUGGAGCUCACGAAACUCGAUUUGCGGAACAACAAUUUCACGGGGCUGCUUCCCGCGUCGUUCAGCCGCCUGACCGCGUUAGAGUCACUCGACGUUUCGGGAAACCCGUUCGAGGUCGCACCUUCCACGAACCUUACCGCCGGCGCGCCUCCCCCGCUGACGUCAGACCCCAUCUCGAUAAUACCGGAGCCAGACGCCCCGGGCCCGGAAAUUCCGGGGCUGGUUAAGACAGGAAGAAAGAAGGGCUCGGGAAGGAAGGGACGCGGGAAGAAGGGUCGAGGAGGGAAGGCAGGCAAAAGGGGGAAUUCUACUGCUGAGCCGCCUGCUGCUGAGCCCCCUACGACAAAGCCUUUGCCGGCUGCCAAACCGCCAACCGUCAAGCCAUUGCCGGCAGCCAAGCCGCCUGCCGUCAAGCCGCCUGCCGUCAAGCCAUUGCCGGCCGCCAAGCCGCCUGCCGUCAAGCCGCCAGUUGGGACGAUCCCACCAAAAAGCAGUCCGGAUAAAGUGCGUCUUCCCGCUGUUCCUCUAGAGCCGCCUACAAACGAAUCCCCCGAUAGUAGCCCCGUCCCCGGUACAACCCGCUCCCCGUCGCUACCGCCUAAAUCCGUGUCUGCGCCUUCCGACGAGACCUCCUCUCCGCCGCACUCAGCAGCCGGCGAAACGAAGACGCCGGCUAUAGAAGUUCCGCCGGACAAUGCGGGGUCCACGAGCAGCGAUAGCAGUGACAGCAGCAGCGGCAGCAGUGACAGCAGCAGUGACAGCAGCAGCAGCAGUGACAGCAGCAGCGGCAGCAGCAGCAGCAGUGACAGCAGCAGCGGCAGCAGCAGCAGUGACAACAGCACAGCGUCGUUGGACGAUUCCUCUCUCGCCUCUACCUCCUCUUCCUCCCCGUCCUCCUCUUCUUCCCCUCCUCCUGCCCCUGCCGAGUCGCCGUCCACCAAUAGCAUUGCGCUAUACGUGGGCAUAGCGGCGGGCGUGGUGGUCGCGUUCCUGUUGGGCGUCGCGCUCGUGCUGCUCUACAUCUACCUGCGGCGCCGCCGCGCGGAGACCAAGGACUUUGCGCCGAUUAAAGACGUCGCGGCGGGCGCGGACGGGCGGGGGGGGGAUUACGGGACAGCCGGCGCGGUUGCCGCGGCGGGAUAUGCGGCGGGGAAUGCGGGGAAGAGGGGAGGUGGUGGAGGGGGAGUGUUUGGAAGGCUAUGGCCAGGGACUGGAAAGGUGGCUGAUCUUGGCACAGUAUCUGCCUAUCAGCAACAAGCUCACGGCCCUGCCGCUCCGUCCGCCGCGGUUCCCGCUCACAACGACCAUGGCGCGAAUCUCCUUCCCCCGCACGACCCCUCCGCCAUGAUUCCGCACAGCGGUGCGUCGAACCACAGCGGCUGGGGCGCCGCAGUCAGCGCCGUGCAUAGCGGCGUGCAUAGCGGCGUGCAUAGCGGCGUGAACAGCGCCGCGCACAGCGGCGUGCAAAGCGUUACCGUGGAAGGCGGCGCGGCGUCACCGCUGAUGCUGCCCGGGCGCAGCCUGAGCAACACGGUGAUGGAGUUGACGUAUGAAGAUGUCCUGGGAGCAACGGACAACCUGGCAGAGGCGAACGUGAUUGGGUCGGGCGGGUUUGGGCGCGUGUACUGCGGAAGGCUGGCGGGGGCUGGCGUGGCCGUGAAGGUGCUGGAAGCGGGGAGCAGCCAGGGCGACCGAGAGUUCCAGGCAGAGGUGGAGCUGCUGAGUCGGCUCAGGUCGCCGCAUCUGGUGCAUCUGGUGGGCUACAGCAUUGCAGGGGGGAGCAGGGUGCUGGUGUACAAUCUCAUGGGGAAUGGGAGCCUGAGCGACUUGCUUCAUGAUAACAGCAGUGAUGGAAGCUUCAUGCAGCGGUUUGGGAGGGAGAGGCCGCAGGUGGAGUGGCAGCAGCGCAUGCAGAUCGCUCUGGACGCCGCCCGCGGGCUCAUGUUCCUGCACCACGCCACCACCCCCGCUGUCAUUCACCGCGACUUCAAGAGCAGCAACGUGCUGGUGGACCACGACUUCCAUGCGCGCAUUGCUGAUUUUGGGUUGGCUCGGGAUGGUCCAAGUGGGGAGAAGCGUUGGGUGUCGACACGUGUACUGGGCACCACAGGUUACUUGUCCCCAGAAUACGUUACCACAGGUCGCCUGACCCCCAAGUCAGACGUGUACUCGUUUGGCAUCGUGCUGCUGGAGCUGCUCACAGGGCUCGUGCCCAUUGACCACGACAGGCCUCCCAAUAGAGUUUCCCUCACUUCCUGGGCGCUGCCGCUGCUGACGCAACGAGAGAGGCUGGGAGAGCUGCUGGACCCGCGUCUGGAUGGGACUGUUCCCCUGCACGAGUUCAUGCAGGCGGCCUCUGUAGCAGCAGUGUGCCUGCAGGCAGACCCAGACUACAGGCCGCACAUGGAUGAUGUGGUGCAGUCCCUCAUGCCGCUCUGCAAGGCUGCCAUCUCGCCCUACGCCUCUCCCGCCCAGUCCAACCACUCCUCCCUCAGAUGA